ACUACUUUAGUUUGCUAUCUGUAGCAUACAAGUUUUUCAAUUUUUUAUUGUGUAUUAUAAUUUAAAUGAUAAAUUUUACUAAAUAAUAGAGUAUUACAAUAUAUAAUGAAAACGUACAUAUUAAUAAUUUGAAACGAAUAUUAUGGCAUUGUUGGAAAAAGAAUGGUUUAUUGAAUCUCCGUGGGGAAGAAUAAGCAUUAUUGCAUGGGGAAAUUGCUAUGAUCCACCUGUACUGUUGUGCCAUGGUACAAUGGACUCUGCUGCAUGUUUUAGGCCACUCAUCAGACUGUUACCACAGAAGUUUUAUUAUAUAGCUAUAGAGUUGCCAGGUAAUGGCAAAUCGGACCCAUUCCCACGGGGCAUGGUACUAACACUAUAUGACUUUGUGUAUGCUGUUCAUGUUGUAGUGAACCACUUCAGAUGGGAAAAAUUUAUUAGUAUAGCUCAUUCAUUUGGUACAUCUGUUGUGAAAAUAUACAACUUAUGUUAUCCUGGCAAAUUAACAAAGAUUAUAGAAUUCGAUCCAGCAUUACAUAGGAUGGUGACCCCGGGAGAUUUUCACAGCUGGUAUCAAAUAACAUUUGGUGAUUUCUUUAAAAACUUUGACGAAUAUAACAUCGAUAUUGAAAAAACUGAGAAGGUGUCUAAGGAUGAGGCAGUUCAGAAUUCCAUGAAACGCCGACAUUUGUCAGAGGAAUGUGCUAAAGAGACUUUAGAGAGAAUUUCUAUACCGGCUGGUGAUGGAUUCGUGAGAUACACCUACGAUCGUCGGUUGAAAAUUUUACAAACGCCACCAUACACGCCCGAACACUACAAGGAUGUUUUGACAAGUGUCAAAACUCCGACUUUGUCUAUUAUAGCUCAAGACACGAUCGACUUAGGAUUCUAUAAACUGACGCCAUUUUUGCUGGACGAAAUGGCGUAUCCGAACCGCAAUUGUCGGAUUAAAAUUGUAAAGGGUUCGCAUGAUGUGCAUUAUAAUAAUCCGGAAUGUGUUGCAGAUUAUGUUGCUGAGUUUUUGAUGGGUGGGUUUAAAGCUAAAUUAUAGUUACGAGUAAAUAUAUUUUUUUAAUAUUUUUAUUAAGCUCUGAGCUUGCUUUUACCUAAUUAAAGGCAAUUUAACAUUAAAGCAACUUUAAAAAUAUGUUAUUGUUUCUGUGUCAGCCACACUAGGGUUGCAACUUUUUUUAGUAAUUAAAGUAAAAAAGUACAGGUACAGAAAAGAACAAUUUAUGUAAAAAUAUAUUAUUGCUUUUUGCAGUUUGUAUAAAAUUACUGUCUUGACUAAACAAUUGCACAGCAUCUUAUUCAUAAUCUUAUUUAUAUGUAUUUAAACAUCGAUUCCGUGCCAAUCGAUAAAUUCCGUUUAGCAAAAAAUUUACGACUAAAGAUGAAUAUCUUACGAAUUAAAGUGUUUUCGUAUACUCAAAAAGUAUAGAGAACAAUGUCCUAAAAUAAUGUAUUAUAAAGUACUGGUGGCGACUGGCAACCCAGUCAAAACAGUUGUGAGUUGAGGCUUCAACAAAAUUGGUCCUCGAAUUUCUGAAGGAGACGUGUAUAAUUUAGGUACCCAUUUGAAGUUGGUAUAAUUUUUAUUGCUAAGUGAACUAUAUAUGUAUUUGUGAUUUACUUUAGGGAUUUGGAGUAAACUAAAUAGCUUUGUAGUUUAAACAAUGACACCUGGGACCAUAUUUAGAGUAUUACAGCAUUGUAUUUAUAAAACUCUUUGAAAAAUAAUUUACUGUGUAAUAAAGACUUGCUUGAUAGGAAAAUCAAUGUGUCAGAGGUGAUCACUGUGAUAUAAUAGUGAUGAAUGAAGGAUUAUCCUUUGUAUUUGAUAUAUUAUUUUGUAUAAGCAAUGUUAUGUUAUGUAAAUUGCAUUUAUUUUCUUAUUAUAGCUGUUGGUGAAAUAGAAAUAUAUCUUAAUGU